AUGGGAUCCAUCAUUGUGGGACCUAGGUUUCCGGCUUGGCUUCGGACGCAGAAUGAAGUUGUGGAGUUAAACAUGCAGAAUGCUAGCAUUUCAGAUGCCAUACCCAGCUGGUUUCAUUAUGAUAAUAUUAUGUCAUUAGAUCUCUCCAGCAACAGCCUAACUGGAAAUCCUUCGGAAUUCAAACAAUUGAAUGGAUCGAGAAAUAGUCAAAUAGUUUCCAUUGACUAUCCUUAUCGAGAAAUAUUUCUAAGCUCCAACAAAUUGGACGGAUCUCUCAAAUCGUUUCCGUUGGAUAUUUCAUAUUUAGAUCUUUCACACAAUUUUCUUACUGGACAUAUUCCGCAGCUUGAAGUUGGUCAAACUUCGGUUGUACUUCAGUCUCUCUUACUAAAUGAUAACCGUUUCACAGGUACUAUCCCUAAAGACUUGUGCAAGUCGAAAAAUUUAUCUUUUCUGGAUCUAUCCAACAAUCUUCUGUCCGGAAGAGUUCCUCUAUGUCUAGGAAACUUGCAAGACCUGCGGAUCCUAAACUUGGCAAAUAACAGUCUAUCCGGUCAAAUUCCGAGUUCAUUGGGUAACUUGUGGCAACUUUAUACUCUGCAUUUGAAUGGAAAUAAAUUCGUUGGGAAGCUCCCUACCUCAAUGCAGCAUCUGAGAAAUUUGGAAAUUCUUGAUCUCGGUGACAAUGGAUUGAAGGAUAUUAUACCAGCUUGGAUUGGGGAAAGGUUAUCAAAUUUAAGGUUUCUAAGAUUCCAGUCAAAUAACUUCUAUGGACCUAUUUCCGAUACACUCUGCCAACUCUCACUUCUUCAAUUGCUAAACUUAGGACAUAAUAACUUGAGUGGAUUUAUUCCUCACUGCUUUAACAACAUUACUGCCUUAAUGGUAUCAGGGCUAGAUGGAGAUUACGGCAUUGAUCCACGAGAAAGCCUUCAAGACAUUAAGGGACGAAGAGAAUUUGAGUAUUACGCGAGUAACCUUGGGUUUGUUAAAUCCAUAAGCCUCUCAGCAAAUAAUUUAGUUGGCGAGAUCCCUGAUGGGAUAAUGGAACUGGUUCAAUUGCAAGUUUUGAAUCUUUCACAAAAUCAUUUGACUGGAAGGAUCCCCAAGAAGAUUGGCAACUUGAAGCAACUUGAAACACUUGAUCUAUCAAUGAAUGCACUCUUCGGUGCAAUCCCUGAAAGCUUAUCUGAUUUGUACUUAUUGAACUCUCUGAAUUUGUCACACAAUAAACUUUCAGGGCCAAUACCAUCAGGAAAUCAGCUUCAAACCUUGACCGAUCCAUCCAUCUAUGAAGGAAACAGUGGACUCUGUGGCAAACCGCUCCCAAACAACUGCUCGGAACACAAAUCGCCUACCAAAAAUGGGCCUAUUGAUGAUGGUGAAGGCCACAGCGAAUCUGAUUGGUCUUGGUUUUAUGCUGGAAUAGGACCGGGUUUUGCUGCCGGGCUGUCGGGAGUUCUGGGAAUACUUCUCUUCAAGAAGUCAUGGCGCUAUGCAUACUUCAAGUUUAUAGAAAGUGCUUGUGACAAAAUCUGGGUAAAGACUACUCGCCUGAGGAGGAAUUUCCGUUGAUUGGUAGGCCUGCGACUAUCAGAGUGGUUGCUGCUGUUGUUGUCCAGAGUGCCUCGAGAAGCAAUAGUAGUUUUUUUGUGUUUUCGUGUAUUUAAGCUUCGAGUAUUCAGUGUUUUUCUGUUUUGUUUUGCAUCUCAAGAUGUAAUCUGAGGAUUAGUCCUCUUUCUACAGCUGUGAAUUCUAUGUCAAA